AUGGCAACGAUUGACGGUGUCGAGGUGCGUCCGAUCGUCAAGGUCGAGCGGGCCAGUCUUCACUCACACAUUCGAGGCCUCGGUCUCACCCCUUCGCUGGAGCCGACGCCGGUGGCCGAUGGAAUGGCCGGGCAAGUUCAGGCCAGAAAAGGCGCCGGUGUCAUUGUGAAGAUGAUCAAGGAGGGAAAAAUCUCCGGAAGGGCCAUUCUCAUCAAUGGACCCGUCGGAUCGGGCAAGACGGCUAUUGCUACAGGCAUCGCAAAAGAGCUCGGAGCUGAUGCGCCCUUCGUCGCAAUUAAUGCUGCGGAGAUUUUCUCGAAAGAGAUCAGCUACACAGAGGCGCUGAUUCAAGCUUUUCGCCAGGCCAUCGCCAUCCGCAUCAAGGAGACCAGCGAUGUCCUUUGCGGUGAGGUGGUCUCCAUUGAAGUCGACAGGCCGGUAUCUGGCCAGGGGCCUAAGCUCGGAAAACUGACGUUGCGCACGGCGGACAUGGAGAGCAUCUACGAGAUGGGCGGCAAGCUCAUCGAGAAGAUGAUCAAGAUGGAAGUCCAGAGCGGGGAUGUCCUCCACAUUGACCGCACUCAGUGCAGCGUAAUCCGCGUGGGCCGAACCAAGGGCACGACGGCCAUGUUCGACGCGAUGGGCAGUGAUGUGAAGCUCGUCAAUUUGCCCGAGGGAGAGCUCCAGAAAAAGAUCGAGCAAACGCACACGGUCUCGCUCCACGAAAUCGACGUGAUCAACUCGCGCGCCAAGGGCUAUGAAGCCAUUUUCACGGGUGAUACCGGCGAGAUUAGCCACGAAGUCCGGGCGGCUAUUAACAAAAAGGUGACGGAAUGGCGUGACGAGGGCAGGGCGCAGAUCGUCUCCGGCGUUCUUUUCAUUGAUGAGGCCCAUCUGCUGACGAUGCGCUGCUUCUCGUUCCUGAAUCGGCUGAUCGAGGGCGACAUCUCCCCGCUGCUCAUCAUCGCAACAAAUGCAAAGGGUGUCCGCCAGAUCCGCGAAUCGGAGCACCGCAGCCCGAUGGGAAUCCCGCGCGACUUCCUCGACCGAUCGCUCGUCAUCAAGACCAGGAAUUACAGUUUCGAAGAGUUCCGCCAAAUCUUGUUGAUCCGAGCCCAGGAAGAGGAUAUCAGCAUUACCUACUCGAUGUCGCGCGUGCUCUCCGAGUUGGCCUACCGGAUGGGGCUGCGGUACGCGCUGCAGCUGCUCGCCAUCUCCGAUAUCAUCAGAAAACGUGAUCCGGAAGCUAAGGAGCUGGCCAAGCCGCACAUCCAGGAGGCGACGGCCCUAUUCUCGGAUGUAGCCCGCGCCCAGCUGAAGAGCAUCCAGAAGCGCAUCCAAUUCGCCCAGAUUCGCCAGCAGGCCGAUUUGCUCAUGUUGAAGGAACGUGCUCGUCUUCGCCUUCUUACACUCCAGGGCGAGCAGCACCGAUCUCUUCGCGCGCUCGCCAUCAAGGAAGCCGAGCAGGCCGCUGAAAAUAUUACUGCCAGUUACGAAAAGCAAAAGGCGCAGCUGAACGAGCGGAAGAACGAGAUCUCGCAGCGAAUGACGGAUCUGGGCGUGCGAUGCAAGCUGGAUGCGGCCCGAUGCGGACACACCGGAACCACCGAACCACAGAAUAUCAUCUUC